UGGGGAACUCCAGAACUGUGUUCUGUAUUAGGGGAUGUCGACAGAAAGAGAGCCGGAAAAAAGAAAAAGAAAAAGAAAAAGGGAAUCAAAAACAGAAGGGGCAUUUACAAUUAGGGGAAGGGUGCGAAUCAGACCCUGCCCAAACCCCUCCCAAAACCUAGACGACAACAACUCCUCUUCAACCACCGAACUCCGCAAGCCCUAGACCCCAACUAUGGCGACGAACGCGCCCAAUCUGGAGUGCCGGAUGUACGAAGCCAAGUAUCCGGAGGUGGACAUGGCGGUGAUGAUUCAGGUGAAGCACAUCGCCGACAUGGGCGCCUACGUCUCCCUGCUCGAGUACAACAACAUCGAGGGCAUGAUUUUAUUCUCGGAGCUCUCUCGCCGCCGGAUUCGCAGUGUCAGCAGCCUGAUCAAGGUCGGACGCAUCGAGCCCGUCAUGGUCCUCCGUGUCGACAAGGAGAAGGGCUACAUCGAUCUCAGCAAGCGCAGGGUCUCGGAGGAGGACAUUCAGGCGUGCGAGGAAAGGUAUAAUAAGAGCAAGCUCGUGCAUUCCAUCAUGCGCCAUGUGGCCGAGACUAUGAGUCUCGAUUUGGAGGAUUUGUAUGUGCAUGUCGGAUGGCCGUUGUAUCGGAAGUAUGGUCAUGCUUUUGAGGCAUUCAAAAUAAUAGUCAAUGAUCCUGAUUCGGUUCUAAAUUCCCUUACCCGUGAAGUUAAAGAAGCUGGUCCUGAUGGACAAGAGGUGACAAAGGUAGUUCCUGCCAUCUCAGAGGAAGUCAAAGAUGCAUUAGUAAAAAAUAUUAGAAGACGAAUGACCCCUCAACCAUUGAAAAUUCGCGCUGAUAUUGAAAUGAAAUGCUUCCAGUUUGAUGGCGUUCUUCACAUUAAGGAAGCCAUGCGGAAAGCUGAAGCUGCUGGCAAUAAGGAGUGCCCAGUUAAAAUUAAGUUGGUUGCUCCCCCACUUUAUGUUCUGACUACUCAGACUCUUGACAAGGACCAGGGAAUUUUGGUUCUUAACAAAGCAAUUACAGCUUGCACUGAAGAAAUAGAGCGACACAAAGGAAAACUUAUUGUGAAGGAGGCAGCCAGAGCAGUGAGUGAAAGAGAUGAUAAACUACUGGCCGAGCACAUGGCUAAGCUCCGUCAAGAGAAUGAGGAGGUUACCGGCGAUGAAGAUAGUGAAGAAGAGGAAGAUACAGGCAUGGGAGAAAUUGAUGUCGAGAACCAUGGUUCAGGGAUUACAGAAUGAAGAGGCGGCAUAGUUGGUUAUUUUGAAAAUUUCCCUUGUAUUUCUCUCCUCUUUAUUUUUUUCUUCACUUUGUUUCUGAAUGGAUGUGCAAAACCCAUCACAAGUUUUGUGUUAAUGUUGUUAGGUCGGGCACUUCCCAAAAUUAAUUGGGCAAAACAAUACAAGGUUUUUGUUUUUUU